AUGACUUCACCGUCAUUAAUUGGAGCAUGCAAUGACGGUGAAAUAAAUUCUGUCUGCUCUGAGCUCCGCCUACAUAUAACAGACAGAAAGACUUCAAUCCAAUUCCUUAUAGAUUCUGGCUCAGUUUUAUCCAUAUUACCAGCCCAUAAGUUCGCUAAUGGCCAUGCCAAGGAAGAACUACUGGCAGUUUUUGUUGCCGAUGUAGCCACAGCCAUUAUAGAAGCCGAUUUCCUGAGCAACUACAAUCUAUUAAUAGACUUGAAGGGCAGAAGAUUGAUUGAUUCGACCACAGGCCUUGCCUCUGAUGGAAAGGCACUCGAGGCACAGCAAGUCAACAUCUCCACUGUCAACCCGGAAGAGCCUUUCAAGGAUUUACUGGCACAAUACAUCGCAAUAACAAAACCGCAGGUAACCACCAAUAAUAAAUCAUCUCAUUUUGCCCACAGGAUAACCACAACAAGUCGACCAGUUGCUGCCAGGUUCAGGAAGAUCUUCGGAGAAAAGACUACUGCAGCUAGGUCUAAGAUACAAGAUCUCUUGAACAGGGGCACUUUGAGGCCUUCCAACAGUCCAUGGGCAAGCCCUAUUCACAUGGUUCCCAAAAGAAUGGCACAUUCAAAAUGUGUGGAGAUUAUAGGAGGCUGA